CCGGCCCCGCUCGCCCUGCUGCCACGGAGGAUGCUGAGCGGCCAUGGUCCCCUCUGCCACCGCCCUGGCGCUGUGCCUGGCGCUGCUCCUUGCCUGCCCCACGCUCGGUGAGGGGCUGGCCAUGCCCCGCUCCGUGCGCUUCGCUGUGGAGAUGGGGCGGAACCUGCUGAGGUGGGAGCCGGGCCACGGCUGCCCCAGCAACGCCAGCUACAACGUGGAGUACAUAGUCUACGGCUCAAGAAUCCCCUGGACAGCCAUCCCAGAGUGCAGCAACACCUCGGAGCACUCCUGUGACCUCACCCGCUACACCCCGGACCCGAAGCAGCGCUACCACGCGCGGGUCAGGGCCGUGGCUGGGAGCAACGCGUCCUCCUGGCAAAGGACCGGCGGCUUCUUCCCACAGCAAGCUGGCCUUCGCCUGGCGGGCCAGAGCCUCUCUGUGAUGGGCAACUCCAUCCAGGUGCGGCUGCGGCCGCUGCUCCGCUCCGGGAACGCCACCCUGGAGCACAGCGACUUCCAGAAGGAGAUGACCCGCUACCACGUGUACCUCAGGAGGACACGGGACAACCACACGAUCACCGUGGUGAAGAACAGCACCGAGUUCACCAUCGGCGAGCUGUUCUGGCUCACAGAGUACUGCCUGAGCGUGGAGCCCAGCCUGGCCAGCCUGCCCGUCCCCGCCACGCGCUCCGGCGAGCAGUGCGUCACCACCGGCCACAGGGACAGGAGUGCAGAGCUUCUCCCGGACAUCCUCAGCUCCUCCUUCAUCAUCCUGUCCUUGCUGGGCCUCCUGGGGGCUCUGCUGGUGUGUACCUACACCAGGAAACCCGUGAGGACACCGUCUGCCCUGAAGUCCCUCAUGAAGCAGACCUCCCUCUGGGGGGAGAAUGAGCCCCCAUCCUCGGGCAGCCUGGAUGCCGACCCCAUCCAGCAGCUCUUCCUGUGCCAGAAGGAGCCCCAGCCAGGCAGAGGCCCUGACAGCAGCACCCACACAGCCCAGCUGCCCCUGGAGCAGGGCUGGAAGCUCCCAGCAUGGCCCAAGGACCAGCUGGGCCUGCGGGGACCCACGGGGAGCAGAGACAGCAGCGGCACCAGCACCGACAGCGGCAUCUGCCUGCACAUCCCUUCCUCCUCCUCCUCCUCCUCCUCCUCCUCCCUGAGCUGCUCCACAGGCCCCCAGCCCCAGGGCUACAGGCAGCAGCUACCCACGGCUGAGGACAGCGGGGUGGGCUUGGAGAGCCCCUGCCCUGCUGCUGGCUGCUCCUCUGGCAGCGGGAACGCCAGCCCAGGGCUGUCCCCUGCCAGCAGCCAGGCAGAGGUGGAGUUCAGGGGGUACCUGCAGCAGUCCAAGGGCACCGUGGAGCCAGAGCGGGCCCUGGGUGAGGCAGAGCCCCUCUCGGGCUGUGCAGGGUCCGUGCAGGGCCUGGGCAGCACCGACACCGUGCUGGACGUGGAGUGCUCCGAGCUGGCCGUGUCCAAAGGGUAUUUGAAGCAGUGCUCCCCCGAGCAUCCCCUCACACAGGACCUGGCUCCAUGGGGAGCCCCUGCCUGUGACUUCCCCAGCCAGGUGGGACCCCAAGCCCCCACCCUGCUGAGCUGGGCAGCCCCAGCUGCUCCACUGACCUGCAAAAGCAGCCCUGAUCUGAAAACUCCCUUCGACCUGAACGUCUUCAACAACAACAACAACGCUGCCCUGCUGGGGACGCUGCUGCCCGUCCCCAGCUGGAUCACACUGCCCACCCAGCCCCUGGGCCAGCUCAGCGGGGACAGCAAGGACAGCCGCCUGUGACCCGUCCCUGGGGGCCACCAGCCCUGUGCUCUGACCCAACU